GCAGACGCGCAUAAAUGUGCUAUUAGACUUUCUCUCUCUCGCGCAGCGCGACACAUAAACAAAGGCACAUUGCAACUUCAUGAUCCCGGCGCGUCUGUCUAUUUCUCUCUCUCUGUUUUAUCUUUCUUUAUUAUUUCUUUUCCGUAGACAUUUCAAUCCAGUGGAGCUGAGUGGAUCACGGAGUACUUUUUUUCUCACUUAUCUUAUUUAAAAGAAAGAAAUUAAAAAUACUUUUUUUGGGGUUACUGAAGAGACCUGAUCACUUUUUUGCGAUUAUAGGAUCUACUUCAUUCAGCAUAACAGUUUUUUGGGGCAAAUUCUAGUGGAUAUGCACAGGGAAUUAUUAAGGGUCUAAAAACAUAUGUAAAGACGGAACCGUCACAGCAAACAACAGACCCCGGUUCGGAAGAGCGCCUGCAGCCGAGCUCUGAGUCCCCCCGGCUCCCGGAUACGUGCACCGUCGCGCGAGCUGCUCCAGCGCCGAACCCCCGCCGCGCGCCACCACCGCCCUCCAAACCCAGCACGAUUCAGCGAGCAAAAGGUCAACCAGAUCGAUGGCCUUGUGACAAUGAGCAGGAGGUCACAGUCUUUGGAACAGCUCCGUUUUGUCCAUCUAAAAUGCUCUCGAGACAUGCCCUGUGUUCAGGCCCAGUAUGGCCCCUCCCCUCCAGGGCCCAGCUACUCCGCCCAGUCCUUCGUCUAUCCCGGCGAAUACCACGGUAGCGAGCUAAUGGCACCGGACUACGCUAAAUGUGACCUGGGUGGAGGUGAGAUCUCAGCAGCAGCAGCCACCACGUCGCUGCCCAGUUUUAACGUGUUCGUCGAGGGUGGCUUCGAGCCUAAACCCUCCUGCUUGUAUCAGAUGUCUGCCUCACAGCGGUCCACCAUUAAGAAGGAAGACGACAGUUUUGCAUCGGUCGAGGAAGCCAUGGCCUCCGGCUCCAUGUAUUUCAAACAGUCUCCACCUUCGACUCCACCCACACCACUCCACCCUGGCCCGGCUGGCACCUCUUUCCUGUGGGAGGAGCCUCACGGUCUACCUCUGGUGCCCCAAGCAUGCUCACGUUUCGCCCAUUUCUAUGACCAGACAGCACAAUCCGUGCCCGCUUCCAGCAGCUACGAGGCGCCUAUGGGCUUGCAGAUCAGGCCCGAGCGCUCUCCAUCGUCUUCUUCCUCGCACCCGCCGCCCGGCCUCGAACCACACUCUCAUGCACACUCACACGUGUACCCAUUAAAUGUGGGCAAACCAGGAGGCCUGGGCUUCCGUUCGCUUGGCAUGGGGCAAUGCCCACAGUCACUUCUGGCAGAGAGCUUGCCGUCGCCACCUGGACGUGCCACCUCUGGAGAGGGCACGUGCGCCGUGUGUGGCGACAACGCCGCCUGCCAGCACUAUGGGGUUCGAACCUGCGAAGGCUGCAAGGGUUUCUUUAAGAGAACAGUGCAGAAGAAUGCAAAGUAUGUUUGUUUGGCCAGUAAAAACUGCCCAGUGGACAAACGGAGACGAAACCGCUGUCAGUACUGCCGCUUCCAGAAAUGUCUGAGUGUGGGCAUGGUGAAGGAAGUGGUGCGCACAGAUAACCUAAAAGGUCGGAGAGGUCGUCUGCCAUCGAAGCCGAAGAGUCCUCUGCAGCCCGAGCCGUCUCCCCCUUCGCCCCCUCUCAGCCUGCUCAACGCGCUCGUCCGCGCCUACUCCCAGUCCAUCCCCCGAGAGCUCGACUACAGCCAGUUCAGCGCAGUAGAGACGGGGACCUUAGCCGAAGCUCAGCAGAUUCAGCUCUUCUAUCGGAUCCUCACCGGCUCCAUGGAGGUGACGCGUCGCUGGGCCGAGCGGCUCCCCGGCUUCACUGAGCUCCACCAUGAUGACCAGAGUCUGCUUAUAGACUCAGCCUUCCUUGAGCUCUUCGUACUCCGCUUGGCCAACAGGUCGUUGUUGACGGAGGAGAAGUUUGUUUUCUGCACAGGCCUGGUGCUCCACAGGCUUCAGUGUCUGCGAGGUUUCGGAGAAUGGCUCGACUCCAUCAGAGAUUUCAGCUCUCAUCUUCAGAGUCUCAGCCUGGACUUGCCGGCAUUUUCUUGCCUGUCGGCCCUGGUGCUGCUCACAGAUCAAUGUCCUGGCCUCAAAGAGCCCAAGAAGGUGGAGGAGCUGCAGUCCAAGCUUGUCUGCUGCCUUCGAGACCACUUGAGCUCAGGCGUGGCCACGGGCGUGGCCGCAGCAGGCAAGGCCCCACCCUCAGUGGCUGCCGUUCUGGGCCUGAAGGUGGAGCUUAGGUCACAGCGUACUCAAGGCCUACAGAGGAUCUUCUACCUAAAACUAGAGGACCUGGUCCCACCUCCACCUCUCAUCGACAGAUUUCUGGACACACUGCCCUAUUAAUACAGACACGCCACCCCCAAAAGCUCACCCGGGCACGCCCACAGGCUGGGGAAACCCUACAGAGAACGGAGCCUGGCGAGAGACUUCACUGAACUUAAAUCUUCUCUCAAGAGGCUUCAGACGUACACUCUUUUCCACCUCAGCCUCAGCAGUAUGUCUGAAAGUGUUAGCGUGUGUAUAUGUGUGUGUGGGUGUGUCUGGGAAAGACAGAAAGCAGAGCUGUGCUUUUUGGACUGUGCUUCUAUGUGUGUGUGUGUGUGUGUGAAAGGGAAAGAAAUUAAUAGAUAGAUGAAAGGUUUUCAGUUCAGUCAAAAUUUCAGUUCGGUCAAAAAGCAGGCCGUCUGCUCCACAUACACCUACACACAGUUACACACGAGACACAAGGGACAUGUGAAAGGAGUGUGUGUGAGAGUGUAUAUAUGCUUCUCUGUGGAACGCUUGAGGGAAAACCAAUCAACAGACGUCCAGACAAAGUGCAUUAAAUUCUAACCAUGGAAUCACACUCCGAAAAACUGCAUACAAGUGCAAUUUACUAAGUGCUAUUUAAAAAAAAGGAGGAAAAAAAAUUAGACAGAAGUGUAGGAAAGAAAACACAGGAGUAUGUGUGUGCGUGUUCCAUUUCUAUUUCAACUCUAAAUUAUUUUACUACUACGACUCACCCUGUGAAGUAAUGAUAUCAACCCAGGCAGAUUUCUCACACACCAGUCUGCUCACUAACUCUUGCAACUCUUGAGCAAGUUCUACAGACUUGAAGUUAUUGUAGAGUUUAUUUUUUAUCAUUAUUAUUAUUUUUCUGGUUUUUUUACAAACCAGGGAAUUUUAGGGUUAGUAGUGUAGAGCUAAACAAGAGUGCAAGGGAGCAUUUGGGCUGCAAGCACUUAAAAAAAAGAAAGGAGUUAGGGAUGGGGCACGGAAGGAGGGAAUGAUAGAGUGGGAAAGAGGGAGGGAGGGACGAAACAUUCCGUGCUCAUGCUCAUUUUUAUAAGUUUCUAUUGUUAACACCGUCUAUUAAUACGGAGGACUGUGUUGCAAAAAAAAAAAAGUUUGUCUUUUAUUUGUACAAAAACAGAUUAUAUGCAUGGUUUUCUCUUUUUCUCGCCUUUCUUGCCUGUAUUUAUUUUGUUUGCGAAAGACGGCCAGCUCCUCAAAGGGCUCGGACACAUUCACAGACUGGGCUUUUCCGCUAACAUCACCCAAAAGGCAACCAUUUGCGACAAAUGGAGAAUUAUAUAAAUAUAUAAAUAUAUAUAUACACAAUACAAAACUAAUAUUUUGAAGUGUUUUUAUCCAAUAGAUUUUUUCAAAUCUUGUGGUACGAGUUGUGUAUUUUUUGUUUAGGUUUUUUUUUUUUUUUUUUUUAAAGAAAAGACAAGAUUACAAAAAAUGUCUCUUUUCAAUUUGUUUGGAUUAAUUUUUAUUUUCUCUUUGGUUCACUGGAGGCUCUGUUCAGCACUUUGAAAUUAUAAAGAAAAAAAUGAUUAUUUUUGUCUGAAAGCGUGUGAAGUUUUGUUGCUGCAAGUUCGCUGCGAGACCGAGGAAAGAACAAUGUCUAAGGAUGGAGGAGGCUGAAUUCUUUACGGUGUGACGUAAUAUAAUACAAUAUAACGUCAUAUAUUUUUUAAAUGGGUGAGAUACGAUGCUGCAAGAAUGUCAUGAAAGUGCAAAUAUUGAGUGAUUUGCUUAUGGAAAAAGUGAAAUGAAUGAGGACAGUAGAAAUAGA